UAGGCGGGUAAUCGAGCUAUUGGCUGGAGCCCCCGCCCCAGGGCGAGGAGGAGAAGGAGGGGCAGGAGGGUUUGGUUGAGCUGCAGCUGUUUGUCUGUUCGACACAGGCUUAGGGCCGACGGGGGAGACGGAGCCCCAGGAGUGUUGAAGCCUGGAAAUCCCCUCCCCUUCCCCCCCCCUUUACAGCAUUCCCCUCCCUCCACCCUUUCCCACUCUGAUAAUCUGGCCAUGACUAGCAGAAGCACAGCUAGGCCCAAUGGGCAACCCCAGGCCAGCAAAAUUUGCCAGUUCAAAUUGGUGCUGCUGGGAGAAUCUGCAGUGGGAAAGUCAAGCCUGGUGUUACGUUUUGUCAAAGGGCAGUUCCAUGAGUACCAGGAGAGCACUAUUGGAGCGGCCUUCCUUACCCAGUCCGUUUGUCUAGAUGACACAACAGUCAAGUUUGAGAUCUGGGACACAGCUGGGCAGGAGCGAUAUCACAGCUUAGCCCCUAUGUACUAUAGGGGUGCCCAAGCUGCAAUCGUGGUUUACGACAUUACUAAUCAGGAAACCUUUGCCCGAGCAAAGACAUGGGUGAAGGAACUACAGCGACAGGCCAGUCCUAGCAUCGUUAUUGCCCUGGCAGGGAACAAAGCUGACCUGGCCAACAAGCGUAUGGUGGAGUAUGAAGAGGCCCAGGCAUAUGCAGAUGACAACAGCUUAUUGUUCAUGGAGACUUCAGCCAAGAGAAACCCUGUGAUGGAUAUGGAUUAG